AUAGGCCGAGGAUUAGAUCUCACGUACCAGCUGGUGUCAAAAUCCUGUCCCUUGAUGAUCUCUCGUAAGCACUGUGUUUUUCAGCAAAAUGCCGAAGGGCAGUGGACUGUCAAGGAUAACAAGAGUCUAAACGGAGUCUGGCUUAACAAACAGCGCCUGGAUCCCUCAAAAGCCUAUCCAAUCGCUGAAGGAGACCGUAUCCAGUUGGGAGUGCCUUUGGAAAACAAAGAGACUGCUGAAUAUGAGUAUGAAGUAAUUAAAGAGGAAUGGGAGAAAAUCAGACCCUUUUUAGCCCAGAGGAAUGACCUGGGAAAAGCUAAGAGUUCAAGAACUAAACGUAAAUUUAGUUUGGAGGAAUCAGAGACAUCUGGAUCAGAAGGCCCUUCACACUCCAGACCCAAAAGAGACAGAGUGUCCUGUGAUAAUGAACCUUUGGGUAAAUCAUGGGGAAGGGUAGAAGAGGCCAAACAGUUAACAGAGAAGAUGGAUGUCAAGCUGCCUGCUCCUGGACCAAGUGAGGAGGAUAGUGGUCCACUGCGUAGUAGCCCGGUGCACUCUGAGAAAGCUGUGUCUGUCCCCCAUAAGGACCAGAAAGGCUCUGGUCUUGCACAGUCAUGGACUGGCUUGGAAAUGCUGAGGAAAACUCUAGUAGAUAUAAUGAAGUUAAAGGUCAAAGUGCAGGAGAAGCAGGCAGCAGUUCUGAAUGUGAAGCAGAAGCGCAGGAAGUGUGCUCAGAAGGAGAUCCUGGCAUUGGAGCAGGAGCUGCGGGAAUUGCAGGACCAGCUGUGCACGGAACAAGAGCAUCAUCAGCAGCAGGUGGAAGAGCUGGAGAGGACGUUCUCUAAAGAGCAGCGGAAGCUAGAGGGAGUAAAGUGGCAACAUGGGGAAGAGAAUCUGAAGGAGCAGCUGGCCCAGGUCCUGCAAGAGCAUCAUGCUUUGAUGGAAGAACUGAGCCGUAGUAAAAAAGAUUUUGAGGAGAUAAUUCGAGCCAAGAAUAAAGAACUGGAAGAAACUAAGGAGGAGAAGGAAAAGGUGAGAGCCCAAAAAGAAGAGGUGUUGAAUCAGAUGAAUGACGUGUUGGAGAAUGAGUUGCAGUGCACAAUCUGUUCUGAGCACUUUAUCGAGGCGGUCACUCUGAACUGUGCACACAGCUUCUGCUCCUAUUGUAUCAAUGAGUGGAUGAAACGUAAAGUGGAGUGCCCUAUCUGCAGGCAGGAGAUCAAAUCAAAGACACGCUCUCUGGUGCUGGAUAACUGCAUUGACAGGAUGGUAGAAAAACUGGAUGUGGAAAUGAAAGAGCAUCGCCUGACCCUUAUUAGAGAGCGGAAAGGUGAGAG